GGAGGCAGGAAGCCCUGGCUGCUGGUGGCGGGGCGGGACUCUGGCCUGACCUAUACGUGGGUGCGCCUGUUUUUCUGGUUCAGCCCUGGGUUGCAGCCCUGGAGAUGAUGUCGACCUUGGGAGAGACCACUGCACUGUCUCUAGCGGCGCGGUGUGGAGGAGGGAAGGGCGAGGGUUAGAAAAACGGACCUUUACCCUGGCCGAGCAGGUGCCAUGCCUUUCCAGAUGAUGUUACUUUUGUGCCGUUUAUGAGCGACUAAGACAUUGCGCCGCACCUGAAUAACUUAAAGCCUUCACCUAAAGCCCCCAGUGAGAUGCACAAAGAAAUGGAAUGUCUCCAAAACAUAUUUUUUUCAGAACUUUCUCUAAAACAACUCACGCUGCUGAUACCCCCAGAGCCGAAGGUGCCAUAAUUGCUGAAGUUUAAAAGAAAAUUUAUACAAGGAAUAAGUAAUUCAGGAAACGGAACCCAAUCUAGAGGUUUAAAAAAAAAAAAAAAAUCAAGUGCCUGGGAAGUGGGGUGGGGUGGCCUGCUUCCUGGAAAUCUGUGUUCGGUAGUAAGUAAAAAAGACAGCUUUCAAAGUAAGCCCCAGUGAGCACACUGCUUUCCAAACAUCCUGCUCAUUACUGAGAAUAACAUGAAGUCCUGGAUUUUAAGCUAUUUCCGAAGACAUAGUAGAUAUCACUAGGAUGCCGGUUUAUGGUCUCAUGAUUUAAGGCCCUGUCAAGGUCAUUAACGUAGAUUUGUUCCAGCUGAUAAAUUAUACCUGACUGUUUGAUUGUCCGUGUCAAUAUUUUUGAGGGUGGGUUUUGACGGUUGUUUUACACAGAAAUUAAGCCACCGUGUUUUGUUUUUAUCCCGACCUUGUUUCCAUUGGAAAUUUUGUGUUUUCAGGAUGGAUGCUACAUUGUAUUUCAAAAAUAUACUCUGCCACUGGAUUAUAGUGGGCAUUGUGUAACUACACUAUACAUAUCUUUAUUUUUAAUACAAGUUAAUGUCGCUGAGCAGUAGACUCUUUGUUUACCGUUUGCACCAUGAGAGCUUCUCCAUUCAAAGCGUGAAAUGUUAUUGGAAUCUACCUGGAAAAUGAACUGGCUGAUUGUUUUCUGUUCAGAAACGCAUACAGCAAAUUGCCACUGAGAAUCUACUUUUGCAUAUAUUUUGGCUGUAAUUUAUGUAGCAACUGGGUCUUGGGAAUUUCAAGAAGAAACUUGUUUUCUUAUCCCCACCUGUAAAGUAAACACCAAAAUUUAAAUUAUAAGGCAGAUAACCUAAGUCCUUUACCCCUAUCUCAGCCUUCAAGGCCUGUUUCUUGGUACCCUUUCCCUGUUUCAUAGGAGUCUUACGGUUUGUGGGAGGCUUGAAGGGAGUAAUGAGGGACCUGUUUCCUAAGGAUGUCCUCAGUAGAGAGAUUUGCUUCUGGAGGAGAGAGUGUCUUUGGGGUUGGUUCCUAAGAAGGACUGAUAAAAAUAUUAUAAAGGAUUGUUAAUAAUAGUUCCCUCUUCUUACUUUCAGCACAUAGGACUUAAUUAACACCAUUUGAUCAUUUCCUUCCUUUAGGACCCUUCCCAGCUGUAAGAAUUUACUGCUACAAUCCAAGAAAUGAGAUUGCAUUUUACAAGAAAAGAAGGCUGAUAAUUCUUGCCCAAAACAUGAGAAGUAGAAGGAAUGUGAGAGAAAAUAAUGUAGAUUCCAUCCAGGAAGUGCUAGGUGCUUUCCUGAUGAAGUGAUUGAGAAGAAACAGUGAACGUCCUCAUUUCACAGAUAAGACAGCAUGGAUCAGCCUUUUACUGUGAAUUCUCUGAAAAAGUUAGCUGCUAUGCCUGACCAUACAGAUGUUUCCCUAAGCCCAGAAGAGCGAGUCCGUGCCCUAAGCAAACUUGGUUGUAAUAUCACCAUCAGUGAAGACAUCACUCCACGACGUUACUUUAGGUCUGGAGUAGAGAUGGAGAGGAUGGCGUCUGUGUAUUUGGAAGAAGGAAAUUUGGAAAAUGCCUUUGUUCUUUAUAAUAAAUUUAUAACCUUGUUUGUAGAAAAGCUUCCUAACCAUCGAGAUUACCAGCAAUGUGCAGUACCUGAAAAGCAGGAUAUUAUGAAGAAACUGAAGGAAAUUGCAUUCCCAAGGACAGAUGAAUUGAAAAACGACCUUUUAAAGAAAUAUAACGUAGAAUACCAAGAAUAUUUGCAAAGCAAAAACAAAUAUAAAGCUGAAAUUCUCAAAAAACUGGAGCAUCAGAGAUUGAUAGAGGCAGAAAGGAAGCGGAUUGCUCAGAUGCGCCAGCAGCAACUAGAAUCGGAGCAGUUUCUGUUUUUCGAAGAUCAACUCAAGAAGCAAGAGUUAGCCCGAGGUCAGAUGCAAAGUCAGCAAACCUCAGGGCUGUCGGAGCAGAUUGAUGGGAGUGCUUUGUCCUGCUUUUCCACACACCAGAACAAUUCCUUGCUGAAUGUAUUUGCAGAUCAACCUAAUAAAAGUGACGCAACCAAUUAUGCUAGCCACUCUCCUCCUGUAAACAGGGCCUUAACGCCAGCUGCUACUCUAAGUGCUGUUCAGAAUUUAGUGGUUGAAGGACUGCGAUGUGCAGUUUUGCCAAAAGAUCUUUGCCACAAAUUUCUGCAGCUGGCAGAAUCUAAUACAGUGAGAGGAAUAGAAACCUGUGGAAUACUCUGUGGAAAACUGACACAUAAUGAAUUUACUAUUACUCAUGUAAUUGUGCCAAAGCAGUCUGCGGGACCAGACUAUUGUGACGUGGAGAAUGUAGAGGAAUUAUUCAAUGUGCAGGAUCAACAUGAUCUCCUCACUCUAGGAUGGAUUCAUACGCAUCCCACUCAAACUGCAUUCUUAUCCAGCGUUGAUCUUCACACUCACUGUUCCUAUCAACUCAUGUUACCAGAGGCCAUUGCCAUUGUUUGCUCACCAAAGCAUAAAGACACUGGCAUCUUCAGGCUCACCAAUGCUGGCAUGCUUGAGGUUUCUGCUUGUAAAAAAAAGGGCUUUCAUCCACACACCAAGGAGCCCAGGCUGUUCAGUAUAUGCAAACAUGUGUUGGUAAAAGACAUAAAAAUAAUUGUGUUGGAUCUGAGGUGAUAUGUUCUGAAUGUAAGCACCGUCAACAUCAGACACCUACUCACGGACAUGUGGUUGCCGGAUUUUCUUAAGAUGUUUCCAGAAAUGACUGAUAUUUUAUAUUUAUACAUUUUAGAUCAGAAAGCUUGAUAUUUAUUGCUGUUGCACAUUUUGAAGUUUUCUUUUUGGGUUGCUCUGUGUUAAGAGAGGUUACAUGGUGUUAAAUCGGUACCUAAUAAUGUGACCAAAUACUAUGACCAGAUAAUAAAUUGUGCUGCAAACAA